AUGUCGAUGUGGAUCGUCAGAUUGCCGCGCUUGUGUUCCCAAGUCCCAAGACUCCGAAAACGGGCGCUCAAAGACAAAGCACCGUUUGUCCCUGAUGAAGUGUCUGAGUGUGUUAUGGCUGUUCUUGUGGGAGAUGGUUGGUGCGCAACAGCUCUUCCCGUGACAGGCGAGAUGACCUCGUCUCGACAUCAAAACACUACAACCCGUUUGCAUCAUCGACAGCGCAUCAACACCAAAGAAUGCGAAAAUCCCAUUCUCACUGCCCAGAUCUAUAGCCGCGUGAUGUUCCGAUGCGGGCUCUUUGAGCGCAAGAUCUGCGAGAUUUGGAGAUUCUGGGGUGUCGCGAGAACGCACCACUUGCACCCCAGAGUAUGA